AUGCAGGCCUUUUCCCACGCUGAUCUUCAUUUUGCCCGGCACAUGCAAGCCAAGCGGCAGGCCGAUGAGCAGCGCAAGGCCGCCGAGCCCAAGGCAUCAGCGCCCGCCAAGUCGGAGCCGAAAAACUGGCGCCAAAAAUACCUUCGCAAGCUCAACUUGUCCAAGACCGACGACGACAAGACGCUGCGGCGCGCUCAGUCGUGCAGUGCACCGAUCGCGAUCCCGUCGGACCUCGAACGCAAGAGCUCGGGUUUGUGGUGGGAAGACGACCGCCGCAGCUCGCCGAUUGUCUUCAAUCGCGACGACGAGAACGCUCAAGUUGUCGACGAGUGGGACCUCGGGCUCGACGAUGAAAAGCCGUACCGCGCCUCGACAGGCAGUGCGAUGCCGCCCUUUGUACCGCCGCACGAGCUUGUAAAGAAAGAGAGCAAGCACACGCCGGGCAACUUUCGCAAAAACGUUGUCGUGUGGAUGUAG